AUGGGAGACUUGGCCCCUUCAUCGAUUGAGGCUCUUCCGACGCGGGGCACCUGGGCUUUGACGUCCUUCCGCCUCUCCGGAGAAGUCUUCCUGGCCGUGGCGAGUUUCUUCGAUGGUGCCAGCCGCAAGUUGAGCAGCCGUCUCUAUCGCUGGGAUGUGGGUCUGGACAUGUUCGUGUGGCAUCAGGACCUGGCCACCGAGGGUGCGAAGGACGUGGAGUUUUUGAGGCUCUCCGACUCGCUCGGA